CGUGUUUCAAGGGAAUCCUGGUUCAAGCUGACAGAGAUAACAGGGAGCAUUUCAAGCAGCUGGUGCACGAGUUACAAGCAAAAGGAGUUGGGAAGGUGAACAAAGCCCUGACUGAAUCCUUCAAAAUCCUGAGGGAGUUCAGAGAUGCAGGACAAGGAGGCCUUUGCAACCAAGCAAUCAUGCUGCUCACUGAUGGAGCUAUGGAAGAUUAUGAAUAUGUCUUUGAAAAAUUCAACUGGCCUGAUCGUAAGGUUAGCUUCCAAAGUGAAAAACAGAGAAGAGCGUAGAAAAUCAACUGGUCUGGUCCGUGUUUUUACAUACCUUAUUGGGAGGGAAGUCAGCUUCGCACAGAAUGUGAAAUGGAUAGCUUGUAACAACAAAGGCUACUACACACAGAUAUCUACUUUGGCUGACGUGCAAGAGAAUGUCAUGGAAUAUUUGCAUGUACUUAGCCGGCCAAUGGUUAUCAACCAUGAUCAUGACAUCAUAUGGACUGAAGCCUAUAUGGAUAGCGCUCUCUUUGCCUCUCAAGCUCAAAGUCUCUUGCUUAUGACAACAGUAGCUAUGCCUGUCUUCAGCAAAAAAAAUGAAACGAGAUCACAUGGCAUCCUUCUGGGUGUAAUAGGGUCUGACGUUCCACUGAGAGAGCUUCUUAAGUUGGCUCCACGAUACAAACUGGGUAUCCAUGGAUAUGCCUUUCUAAUUACUAACAAUGGCUACAUUCUGUCUCAUCCCGACCUCCGGCCACUGUACAAAGAAGGGAAAAAGCUGAAGCCCAAACCCAAUUACAACAGUGUUGAUCUUUCUGAAGUAGAAUGGGAAGAUGUAAAUGAAACUUUACGAACAGCAAUGAUCAACGGAGAAACUGGUUAUUUGUCCAUGGAUGUGAAGGUGCCCAUGGAUAAAGGAAAAAGGAUUCUGUUCCUCACUAAUGACUAUUUCUUCACUCAUAUCAGCGGCACUCCAUUUAGCUUGGGAAUUGUUCUGUCACGAGGAUAUGGUGAAUAUGUGCUGCUUGGGGACACUUCAGUGGAAGAAGGUUUGCAUGACCUUCUGCAGCCAGAUUUGACCUUAGCCAAUGAGUGGAUUUAUUGUGUUACAGAUAUUGAUCCAGCUCACAGGAAGCUAAGCCAGUUGGAGGCUGUAAUCCGUUUUAUUACAGCAGAAGAACCUGACCUUGAAUGUGACGAAGAGUUAGUUCAACAGGUUCUCUUCGAUGCCGUAGUUACAGCACCUAUGGAAGCUUAUUGGACGACCUUGGCCCUCACCAUGUCCAAUGAAACUGAAGAUGGUGUGCAGGUGGCCUUCAUGGGAACUCGGGCUGGUCUCAUGAGGAAUACCCUUUAUGUAGGAACUGAGAAACUAUCCAACAAGAACUUUUUGACCAGUUAUGAUAAGGAAAGCAUUUUCACCAUGGACCACUUCCCCCUUUGGUAUCGUCGAGCAGCUGAACAUCCUCCAGGGAGCUUCAUUUAUAGCCUUUCCUUUGAGGAAGAAGCAGAGGGAAGUUUGCCUGAGGCAGUAACAGUAAGCACAUCUGUGACUGUCACUAUUGGUGGGAAGACAGGAAUUGCUGCAGCGGUGGGGGUGCAACUUAAAUUGGAAUGGCUCCAGCAGAAAUUAUGGGAGGCUACACAGCAGCCCAAUGAUACGGAUUGUAGUAAUGUGGAAGGUCUGUGUCCAAUGAACUGCCGCGAUGAUAAAUUGAAUUGCUACCUUAUUGAUAACAAUGGAUUCAUACUUAUUUCCAAAACCUCUCAACAGAUUGGAAAAUUCUUGGGAGAAAUAGAUGGUUCUGUUACGACUCAACUCGCAAAUAUGGGAAUGCUCAAAGAGGUGAAGAUGUUUGAUUACCAAGCCAUGUGUAAAGUGCCCCAUCACCAUCACAGUGGUGCCCGUCCUCUUCUCAGCCCAAUUUAUACAUUAUUGGCAGCAGCAAAAUGGAUGAUCACCGAUUUCUUCAUAUUCCUUUUGGAAUUUAACAUUUUUAGUUUCUGGCACACGGAUAACUUGGCUGAUGCCAAAUCCGUUUUUCAUCAUGCUCACAGACAUAAGAAACACGAUAUGCUGCAACCCUGUGACACUGAAUAUCCCGUGUUUGUGUACGAGCCUGCUAUCAAAGAGGCCAAUGGACUAAUUGAGUGUGGAGCCUGUCAGAAGAUGUUUUUGGCGCAGCAAGUUAUGAGCAGCAAUCUUCUGCUCUUGGUAACCGAUGCCACCUGUGAUUGCAGCAGCAUCUUCCGACCUUUUGCAUUGCAAGCUAAAGAAGUCAAAUAUAACAGUUCGGUGAAAUGCGACAGGAUGCGCUCUCAGAAACUAAGACGCCGACCGGACAGCUGCCAUGCAUUCCAUCCAGAGGAAAAUGCCCAAGAAUGUGGAGGAGCUGCAGCGAUUUCAACCUCCUCAACUUUGCUCCUGUUUCUGUUGGCAACAACAGCUCUUCUACUGCGGUGACGAAGUGCACUGCAGUCCUUACAUUGAACCUGGACUGCUAUUUUCACAUGGACCACAAACUCAUCACUCCUGAAGGAUUUCCUAGGACUUUCUCACUUGUAUUUACAAAUGAGACAGGAGGAGGAUAAUAACUAUCAGACAAAGCUAA